UCUGCGAAGUAUAAACUUGGAUGUUUCCUAGCACUGGGAAACAGCACCGACCGUAUACGAUGCCAAAAGUAAAUGAAGAGGACGAGUGCAACAGCGCAUUAACAGAACAUUUGGCGGAUAAUUUGUAAAGUGUAUCGCUCCGUAACGUCUGUGAGACUUUAGCGUUUAACUUACGGGCUCUGGGAUCAACAGAUCGGGCGCAUUGAAGCUGGACUCGGCGUGAAUGCUCUCAACUUAGUUGCAUGCGUGGAUAAAAUAUUCCUGCAUAGACCAAUAAGACACACUUGUGUUUAAAUAACGAAGGCGAGAAGUUUUUGUAAGAUGAUCUGGUUGUUGUUUUUGCUCCUAUGUGCUGCCGGCGUGUUGUCGUCUGCCACCCAGCUGGCUACCAUCUACCCUCAAGACCCUGCCCUUCCCAUUGGCUCUAGCCUGACAGCGACAUGCUCAGUGAAUCCAGAUCAUGGCCUGCAUGCUGGCUCGCUGUACUGGACUCUGAAUGGGAAGCGUCUUCCCAGCAGCACUUACAGCAUCUUGAGCCCCACCGUGAUCAGUGUAACGCUGCCACGGCUCUCGGGGUCUCGCCAGCGCUCUGGAGACAACCUCGUGUGCCAUAACAAUGGGGGUCACGUUCUGGCCGGCUCCUGUAUCUAUGUUGGCAUGCCUCCUGAGAAACCCGUGAACCUUACCUGCUGGUCCAGGAACACUAAAGACCUCACCUGUAAGUGGUCUCCCGGGGGCCAGGGGGAAACUUUCAUCAAGACGAAAUACACGCUCAAAUAUAAGCUCAGGUGGUACGGGCGAGAAAAAGAGUGCGACGACUACAGCAUAGGAGAUCCGUACAAGUGCUACAUCCCCCGCGACCUCGCCCUCUUCACGCCUUAUGAGAUUUGGGUGGAGGCCUCCAAUCAACUCGGAACGGCCAUCUCUGACGUCAUCUACCUGGAUAUCCUAGACGUGGUGACGACAGACCCACCGACAGAUGUGACCGUGAGCCGAGUGGGCGACCUGGAGGACCAGCUGACCGUGCGCUGGGGGACUCCUCCUGCAUUGAAAGAUUUCCUGUUUCAAGCCAAAUACCAGAUCAGAUACAGACUGGAAGAAAGCAGCGACUGGAAGGUGGUGGAUGACGUCGGGAAUCAGACCUCCUGCAGGCUGGCAGGGUUGAGGCCAGGCACGGUGUAUUUCGUGCAGGUGCGCUGUAAUCCCGUCGGGAUCCUGGGCUCCAGGAAAGCUGGCAUUUGGAGUGAGUGGAGUCACCCGACGGCAGCCUCGACACCACACAGUGAGCGGCUGAUGACGGGGUCAUGCGACUCGAAGGCGGGGCAACAGAACUCCACCCUGAGGCGAGACUUGAAGCAGUUUUUCGGCUGGGUGCGCAAACACGCUUACGGCUGCAGCGGUAUGAGUAUCAAACUUUACGACCAGUGGCGGGUCUGGCUCCAGAAAUCUCACAAAACCCGCAACCAGGUAGGUUCUUCAAGGAGAUAAAUCAUAGCACGUCGCUCCUGGCAGGCAGAACGUUUUAACAACAACAGCACACUGAGGAAGAAUUCACAAUUUCCAGACUGCUGCUUGGCUCGGUGCGAGAAAGUUAAAGUACAGAUGGACUUAAAAUGGAACGUACAAACAACAAAAGAAUGACAGGCAUUUGGGUCUUUGGACACAGCUUUAAUUGUGCAGUUUUCUAAAAUGCCUCACAAAACAGGAAAACACACUACUUCAACGUCUUUGAUAAUAGCCAAGGAGCCCACGUGGAUUAUUUCGGUUAUUAGUGGAGAUACGAGGUUCCGUUUGUGUCGGAGAGCGAAUACCUAAAGGUCAUAAUUUGCACAUUUACACAGAGGAUGACGAUGCCAUGCUUAGCCGGCGCGAAGCGCACGUGACAUUUUCAAUUUCUCCCAACUGCUAACUUUAGCUGACCUGUAUGUUCAAGAGACGUUCCUUAUGGACAGAUGGAAAAUGUCAAAUGCGGAAAUUGGAAAAUAGGAAUGUAAUUUACCAUUUAAGCUUUAUCAAGGGUCCCUUGCACAAGUGAGUUACAGGUGUGACUAUACUGCAGCAGUUUACGUUAAAAAUCCCACAGGUAUACCUCACAGAACGUAUAUUGCCAAAUUACAGUCUACAUUGCAUUGCAUUAAUCUGUACAUACCAUAUCAACAGUUGCUGAAACACGUUUUAGCAUGCAAUACUGAAAAUAUCGAAACUUGGAACUAUGAGUGGGACUUGUUCCAUUUCUUUUCUUUUUAAGUUAAACAAAUGUUAUUAAGCAGCACCCACGGACAAUAUAUUUAGGAUACACAACAACAAAGCUGUUUAAAAGCCCUCAGUAAAUGGCCAUUUAAUGGAGAGGAAAGUUAUGGCCAACAAAUGUUCUCUCAUGUGUUUAUAUAUGCGUUGCAGUUGAAACGAGCUGUAACCGUGUUUGUAGCAUUGAACUGUUUGAACAAAUUUUAUGUAAUGAGACAUUUUACUGCUUUUAUUUUUGUACUGAAUUGUAUCCACAUAUUUAAGUGUAAAGUUAUGUUUUGACUCUUAAGUUAUGUGUAGGUAGAUUAUAUUAUUAUUGACUGAAUUGUUAAACCCUAAAUAUUGUUCAUAAAAUCUUUCUUUAAAUAUCAA